CUCAAGGGCUAUCUCCAUUCUACAGUUACUUCAAAUCAGGAACUUCAGAUAUGCCUGAGGCAAGAGCUCACCUAUAGAACUCUUACAGGAAAGUAUGAAAACUAAUUAGGGAUCUUAUUGUCCUGUGGUUAAUCAAUGCAAAAGAGACUUCCAGGAAAUCCAUAUUUUUCCUUUGGUUUGGACCAUUGAAAUUAGAGAAUUCAUUUACUAAGACGUUGACUGGAUGUUGCAAGCUUGUAAAAUGGAAGGAUUCUCCCUCAUUUCCCCUCCCUCUGAAGAUCUGAUACCCUAUGACUCAGACCUCUUCAGACAGUCCCAUGACAGUUACCAGUAUCUCAACAGUGAUACAGACAGUCAUGGUGGUGAAUUGCUUUUAUGUCCAUCAGAGCACUACUGGGAAUAUCACCCACACCACCUGCAUCCUGAGUUUGAGAGCUUUGGGGACAACCACUUUGCAGAGCUCCAAAGCGUACAGGCGCCACAGCUGCAGCAGCUCUACCGGCAUAUGGAGAUUGAACAGAUGCAUGUUCUAGACUCUGGGAUUCCUACCACACAUAUUGGUCUCAAUCACCAGGUUACCUAUGUGCCUCGCAUGUGUGUGCAAUUUCCCUCUCCACACCACCGCAGUUCUGAUGAAGAAGAUCUAGAGAGACGCAGCCCCCCAUUGGAAGUAUCAGAUGGAGAAAAUGAUGUUAGUGAGCCUGGUCCUGGAAUGAUGGGUGGAGAAGCAGGGAGUAAGAAGAAAAUUAGACUUUACCAGUUUCUUCUGGACCUGCUUCGGAGUGGAGAUAUGAAGGAUAGCAUCUGGUGGGUGGACAAGGAGAAAGGCACUUUUCAAUUCUCUUCCAAACACAAAGAGGCAUUGGCUCAUCGCUGGGGCAUCCAGAAAGGCAAUCGCAAGAAAAUGACCUACCAAAAAAUGGCACGGGCUUUGAGAAACUACGGCAAGACUGGGGAAGUCAAAAAAGUUAAGAAGAAGUUGACAUACCAGUUUAGCGGAGAGGUGAUGGGAAGGGGAGGCAUAGAGAGAAAGCACUAUUCUCUUUGAGCAUAGAUCCUGGAAUCCUGAAAAGCCAAGCUAUAAAGACACAUUGGUUGGACUUAAGAACUGCUGAGCAUAUCUUUUACUAUGCUUCCCACGCCCACAUCCCUGUCUUGUUGAGGCUUUUCAAUGUCCAGUGUUUCUGGUACGAAUUUCCUUCUUCAGCUUUCAAAUUCUUACAGAAUUCUUUGCUUCCACCCGUCAAGCUGGACAUAGUAAGAGUUUUUUUAAUGUAUAGAUUUAUUAUUUUCAGAGAAGAUUUUAUUGUGUUGUAAUUAAGAUAGGCAACUGAUACAGUUUGUUGUCCUUCACAGACCGUACUGUUUUACCUUUGGAGACUACCUUAGCUUACAACUUUUAGACUAGCAUUAAUUCAGGCUCUGCUAAACCUCUCCAUGGCUACCGAGAAGUUUGCAGAUCUUGGAAACUAUAUCUGUUUAAAUAUUAAUAGCAUGUAUAUAUUUAAUAAAAUCUGGAGUAAUGUAAA